CUCCUCCUCUCUGAAACUCCAGGAUCGUGUCGCGCCGCACGAACCACUGCUAUCCCCUCUCUGGUUUCAACGCCAGCGUUCUCAUCUCUGCUAGCCUGCCUCCACUCAUUCUAGCCUUCACCUUCGUCACCACUUCACUUUCCUUCGCGGAAGACACGUUGCUUAGACUGAGUUAUCGCCGCCUGAACUCGAACCCCGACGAGGAAAGAUUGGCGGGAGAUCCUCUUCAACUAGGUUCUCCCCAGACGAAUGGCGCUGAUCGACGGCGGUUGAAUUUGCGAGCUCGAUGGAGCAGUGUACAUCUUCUUCCUUCCCCUUUAGGGUUUUACAGAGUCAAAUUUGACCCCAUUUUUUCUUCCCAACCACCGUCGUCACCGGCGACCAUGCACCGUAUCCCGCAAUGGCACCAUUUCCCGUCACGAAUUUCAAUUUAUCGUCCUACACUCUAAAUUAUCGCUCCAAAACGGUACGCUUUUUUAUCACUUGAUUUUAUCGUUGAGAUCCUAGGCCCAAUCUAUUCUGAGCUCUCAGGUUUUCAAUUCAAUGGAUUCGUGUCAAAUCUCUAGCUCAAUGGGCGUAUCGAACCUACCAUUGCAAAGAAGAAAAUCGAUUGUGUUUUUAAGUGUUUCAGAGCUUCAUACAUGAUAAUGGGUUCGAGCAAUGAAUUCUUUAGUCCUUUUAGGUCAUAGGAUGGUUCACAAGUUUUCACAUUGUGUGAACAUUUGUAGGAAUUUAUGCAAUCAACCUUUUCACUGCGAUGAUGAUGAGGUUCGGAGUGGUUUUGAAUUGGUUGAGGAGCCUUUGAAGAAAAUGUGUGCUACCUCUUGUGACACUGUUGAUUUUGAUCCGAAUGAGGAUAAUGCUAGCUUAGACAGGAAGCAUUUUUUGCAUAGGAAUGGGUCCAUAGAAAAUGUGGGAAUGGAUGCUGAGAAAAUUCUCGAGGUUCUUGGACAGGAUAGUCCCGAGUUAGAUUUUAGACGGGCUUUGGAUGGAUUGCGUGUUAGGCCAUCAGCUUUUCUCGUGAGGGAGGUUCUGUAUGGGAUGUUGAAAGGCAUAAACUGUGAAAACAAGGGGAGAUGCGCUAAACUGGCAUACAAAUUUUUUCUGUGGUGUGGGCAGCAGGAGGGUUACUGGCACACUGCAAAUUCCUAUCACUUGGUUCUGCAGAUAUUUGCCGAGUGUGAUGAGUUUCAAGCAAUGUGGAGGCUUGUUGAUGAGAUGAUUGAGAAAGGAUUUCCAGCUACUGCUCGCACUUUCCACAUUUUGAUCUGCACUUGUGGUGAGGCAGGGUUUGCUAGGAAGUUGGUGAUGAAGUUCAUUAAGUCAAAAUCAUUUAACUACCGGCCCUUUAGGCACUCCUACAAUGCAAUUCUCCACUGUCUUCUUGUUUUAAACCAGUACCGUUUGAUUGAGUGGGUUUAUAGGCAGAUGUUGCUUGAUGGUUUUUCCUCUGAUGUUUUGACUUACAACAUUGUUAUGUUAGCAAAGUAUCGACUUGGAAAAUUCAAUCACUUUAACAGGUUGCUUUAUGAGAUGGGUAGAAAUGGUCAUUCUCCUGAUUUUCAUACUUACAACAUUCUUCUUCAUGUUCUUGGUAAAGGAGAUAAACCUCUUGCAGCUCUUAAUCUUCUAAAUAGCAUGAAAGAAACUGGUAUAGAGCCAACUGUUCUUCAUUUCACCACAUUAAUUGAUGGACUAAGCAGAGCUGGAAAUCUAGAGGCUUGCAAAUAUUAUUUUGACGAAAUGAUAAAAAAUGGGUGUAUGCCAGAUGUGGUGGCAUACACUGUAAUGAUCACAGGAUAUGUGGUGGCUGGUGAUCUUGAAAGAGCUCAGGAAAUGUUCAAUGAGAUGAUUUCUAGAGGACAAAUCCCAAAUGUAUUUACAUACAAUUCCAUGAUUCGCGGAUUAUGUAUGGCCAGAAAGUUUGAUGAAGCAUGCUCAAUGCUACAGGAAAUGGAGGCCAAAGGUUGUAGUCCAAAUUUUAUUGUCUAUACUACACUAGUGAGUAAUUUACGGAAUGCUGGAAAGCUUGCUUUAGCACAUAAAGUGAUAAGGCAGAUGAUGGAGAAGGGGAAGUAUACCCACCUUAUUUCAAGCAUCAAGGUGAAAAGGCGCAAGAAAUAGCAGAUAUAGAUUGUCUCAUAGGGGAUUUUAAUCACUGGGUUUUCAAGUAACUCUGAUGGUUAUGCAGCUAGUUAUUAAGCCGGAGAACCAAAUUGGUUGAUUCAAUCCUAUAGCUGGUGGUGAAACUGGCGGCAAGCAAUAAUGCAGGUAUUUUGGAGCUUGACCUUAUGAUUGGAAACAAUGAGAGCAACGAGUUGUUGGUCAUCUCAGUCACUGAUCAAAUUUCUCAAACGAAGCAAGCUUGUAUCAUAUUAGAAUUGCAAGCUGUUUCUGAAGACCUUCAUGAGCAUUUUUUCACUUUACUGGUAUCCAAUCACACGUCUUUGUUGCUGGGGCUUCAAGGACAACCACUUCCAACAUAAAGCUUGAGCAGCACGUUCACUUGCUUUAUUGUUUCGUUGGCUCAUUUUGUCGGCUAGGUAUCUUGCACCUUGUUAUCUCACCGUAAGCGGUACAUGCUGAUUCGUAACCUGCCAUCCUUGGCUCUUAUGAAUGGUAUUUGCUGGUGCAAUGCAUAUUAUUCAUCUUCUUAGGCAUGUGUUACUGCUGUGCAUAUGCAAAUAGGCUCACAACAAGCUAUUGUAGAUGCCUUUGGUGUUGGGCAUAUUGAAGUCCGCUCCUGUAGAUAUAAUAUAAUGUUUUGCCUCUAAAAAAGUGAAAAGAACUCCCUUCUAUAAUCUGCAUAUCUAAACCUACAAUUCAUUGAAGUUGAUUUUUGUUGUAUACCAACUUCCAUUACUUUCUCAUUCAAUUCAAAAUUUACAAGGUAGAAAAAAUAUUAUUCAUUUCAUUUAUA